AGGCAGCAUGGCUUCCCAAUGUGCUCCCCUCCUGCUGCUUGCCUGUGUGGUGGCCCUGCCUGCCCUGAGUCUCAUUGGUGCUGCCCAAGACCUGACCCUCCUCAGUCGAUCUGUCUCGAAUAGCAGUCCAUCAGCUCUCAGCGUGCUGACAGACGGUAAGAUCCGCCUGGUGAAUGGCUCCAAACCCUGCUCUGGACGGGUGGAGGUCUGGUACCACAAUGAGUGGGGAACGGUGUGUGACGACGGCUGGGACCUGAAAGAUGCCUCUGUGGUCUGUAGGCAGCUUGGCUGCGGGGAAGCAGUGUCAGCUCCAUCUCAAGCUUUCUUUGGAAGUGGAUCCGGACCUAUUUGGCUGGAUGAUGUUAACUGCAUUGGGAAUGAGAGCCUCCUCACUCAGUGCACGCUGAGGGCCUGGGGACAACACAACUGCAGGCACAGCGAGGAUGCAGGCGUCGUGUGCUCAGGUUGGCCCAAGGACUGCAGUGAGCUCUCUGCAGACAACGCAGACAACGUCAAGUUUGCAGACUACAACCUCUUCAGCGUGGAGGACGAGGCCCAGGGCUACCGGCUGCGGCUGGGCUCCUACGCAGGCACAGCGGGGGAUGCCAUGGCUUUAGCCAAUUCCGCCACUGUGCACGACAACAUGAAGUUCUCUGCUAAGGACUUGGAUCAGGACACCAACAGCGGGAACUGUGCCUCCGCCAACGGGGGCGGCUGGUGGUAUUCGUCCUGUUAUUCCGUACGGCUCAAUUUCAAGGGUGGCCUGACGUGGAGCGGUCUGUGCAGCGGCAACUGCAGAGCUUCUGCCAUCCUCAUCAAACCAGCUACCUACUGCUAG